UGCGCCCUCACCGAAUCCCCCGCUAUGGGGAGGACGCAUUUGCCACGUGGAGUACUUGCCCCAUCAUCUAGUCCCACGUGGCAAGUGCGGAGGUGGCGAUGCCGAGGUGGCGAUGGGAGCGGGAUGGCAACGCCCAGGUGGCGACGCCAUGUGGCGUACUUGCCAUGUGGCGAUGGGAGAGGGAUAGCAACGCCGAGAUGGCAAUGCCGAGGUGGCGACGCCACGUGGCGAUGGGAGUGGGAUGGCAACGCCGAGGUGGCGAUGGGAUCGGGAGCGGGAUCGGGAAGCGAAGGUGGCCACGGGCGCGGGAUCGGGAUCGAAAAGCGGAGGUGGCGAUGGGUACCACACUUCGCACGUGCCAAACAUCGCACGUGGCGCACUUUCCGCAUGACCACGUGGCGUACUUGCCCCAUCAUCUAGUCCCACGUGGCAAGUAUGGAGGUGGCGACGCCGAGGUGACGACGCCAUCUCGGCCUCGAGAUGGCGUACUUGCCCCAUCAUCUAGUCGGACGGGCAAGUGCGGAGGUGGCGACGUCGAGGUGGCGACGGGAGUGGCAAGUACGCCACAUGGCAAGUGCGGCCUCACCAUAUAGUCCCAAAUGACAAGUGCUGAGGUGGCGACGGAAGCGACAAGUACGCCACGUGGCAAAUGCGGCCUC